AUCAGAACGCAUUUCUCUGUUUGUGCUUGUAAUUCUUACGUAAUAGUGGUCAUGAUGUUCCUUUUUUUGAUGUAUGGUUUUGAUUUUAUAGGUUGUUCCCAAAGAGACAACAUAAUCAAUGCAUUUAUCGAAUCCUACUUAGUAGUGUUCUGUGUUCCUCUUGGAAUAUGUCAAUUUUGUGCUUAAGUGUACUCAUCUGCAAACUAACCAAUAGUACAUUUGUACUACACAUAGAGUAUGAUUGGUGAACAUUGGAGUUACUAUAGAGUAAUUAAAAAUGGAAGAAAUGAAAGAACAAAUACGAGAAAAAUUAAUUUGAGGAUAAAAUUUUCUCUGUGAAAAAGCAAGAAAGUUUUACUCUAUAAAUUCACAAAAACAAACAGCAUGUUUACUUACUUAUCAACUUACAACUUUUAUCUUGAUUGAUUUUGUACCUGUGUAACACAGCCGAAAAUAUGUUUCCCUAUAAUAUUUUGCUUUAACAUAGCAUACCAGCCAUAGUACCAUUUACAUAAGCACUCCUGAACUGUAACUUCUUAUAGGUUCGAAAAUAAACUGUACAUCAGAUAAGCAAAGCCUAAUAAACCCUUUAUCAAUAAAUAAGUAAUAAACAAGCCAUAACCAUAACGAAGUAGUAAUCCUACAAUGAUAUGAUGUAAUAAAUUCGGGGUAAAUAGUAUAAAAUAUAAUACAGUACAUUCUACAUGGAAAACAACUGUAUUAUGUUUUGCUUUGUUUAAAAAUAAUUCUAUUAUAAACGUUAUAAUUCUUUUUAUAUAAAAAUGUAAUUGUUUUUGAAAUUUGGUGGAGAAUUUAUAAAAUAAAAGGAAUAAAACAAAGCAUAUAAAAUAUAUGAUUCUGUCCAUAUGGAGAAUGUUAAUUUGCAAAAGAAAAAUAUAUAUAUAGAAAAAUAUAUAUCUCGGUACUAACUAUAUAUACAUACAUAUAUGUGUGCUUAUGAAAACCCAUUUACACGCUCCCCAUUCUCACAUUCACACAAAAGAUAUCUCAACAUUAUCACUUUACUUCAUACCCAAACUAAAAACAGCCAAUAACACUUUCUACUAUUUGUCAAUUUCCUCAUUCAAAGAUAUCAUUCACAUCUCCUAAAUUUCGAUAAAUAAACAAAGCCCUAAUAUUCAGUUGCUAUCUGUGUUUCAGCUCGGUUAUACAUAUAUAAAAUUAAAAAGGUCCAAAAUGUGGAUGAUGGGUUACAACGAAGGAGGAGCAGAUUCCUUCAACGGAGGAAGAAAGCUUCGUCCUCUCAUCCCUCGCCUCUCUUCUUGCCCCACCGCCACCGCAAACACCUACUCCGACCACCGCUUUAAUAUGGCAGUGGUGACAACAAUGACGGCGGAGCAGAACAAGAGGGAGUUGAUGAUGCUAAACUCAGAGCCUCAACAUCCACCAGCAAUGGUGAGCUCACGGUGGAAUCCGACACCGGAUCAGUUAAAGGCUCUUGAAGAGCUUUACCAACAAGGAACAAGAACUCCUUCGGCCGACCAUAUCCAACAAAUCACCGCGCAGCUACGACGGUACGGGAAGAUAGAAGGCAAAAACGUUUUCUAUUGGUUCCAAAACCACAAAGCCCGCGAACGCCAGAAGCGUCGACGACAAAUGGAAAAUGGCCACGAUGAAUCAGUCGUUACGACAAUGAGUCUUGUCUCAAACCAAGGAUUUGACAAGAAAGAUUCAAAAGGUUACAAGGUUGAACAGACCAAGAACUGGAUAUGUUCGGUCGGAUGCGACACACAACAAGAGGAAGAGCCUGUCUCAAUAGCGAUGGUAGCAACGAAACGCAAUGGUCGUCAUGGAGGAGACGAGAUACAAAGCUUUCCUGUGAGAAGUGCCAGGUGGCAUAUGAUGCAGCUGCCACCUGGACUCUACCCUUCUUCACAACAACAUCAUAAUCAUCACCAACUCAAUCUCAACUCCACUACAGUUUCUUUAAACUUGUCCACUAGCAACAGUAACGUUUCCGCUCCUAAAGAUACAGUCACAUUUUCCCCUUCAUUUCUGAGGACAAGAGGAGCAAGGAACACAGAGGCUUGUGAUGAUAAUAAAGAUCAAGAACAACAUGAAGAUUGCUCAAACGGUGAAUUGGAACAUCAAGAACAUACACUAGAGCUGUUUCCAUUGAGAAAAGAAGGGUUUUGUAGCAAUGGUGGGAAAGAGAAGGAGAGUGGCAUUCAAUGUUUCUAUGAGUUUCUUCCGUUGAAGAACUAGUGCUACAUGAUAUUUUUCAAGAGAAACAUGUUUUUGUGUUAUAUAUCAUAUUACUAGAUUAAUUAACUAAUCAAGUUAUAGCGA